AUGCCACCCUCGGACGCCCCCAAGCCGGCCGCGCGCGUCGACGCCCUCGCCGUGCUGGACACCGUCCGCCGCACCGAGAAACUCAUAAAAGAGUUCCGCCGGCUCAAGAAAAACGGCGGCAGCCGUGCCGCUCUGGGGCGGCUGCGCGCAGAAAUCAGCGAGCUGAAGGCGACCCAAGCCGGCCUGCUCGAGCGCGAGGGGGAUGCAAAGGGCCCGUGUGAACCCCACGAAGCCCUUCCCGCGCCGUUGCCGCGCAGUGACGGGCUGAUGAUAACACCGCGCUCCCGCCCCGACAGGCGCCCGCGCGACGCGGUGGACGCGUCUGUGCAAGUAGGGGGCGCGCCCGACCUGCGCCGGGGCGACGCGGCGGAAAAAAUUGUGGCACCGGCCGGUUUGGAAGUCCGGGACUUCGCACCGCCACCCGCGUCCGCCGCGCAGGCCGGCCCGGGCUACAGGCGGUACUGCUCCGUGGCCUUCGCCGUCGUCCUCGCGGAGGCGCACGUGCGGCGCGAGCUCGUCCACAAGUGCGACAGGCGUCGCCUAAAGCUGCUCAGCCGCUUCAGGGAAGGCUGCAUCUUCAUCGCCUUGGCCCCCGCGCAUAGACCACCGCGCGUCGGCGGCAGGCAGGACUCCCCCACAGCCGGCUUGGACGCCCGCCAACUGGCAGCCCUCCUCCCACGCGCCACCGUGCGGCAAGAGGGGGGCGCCGCAAACAUCCCCUUAUCACCCGGGCACGGCGGCACGUACACAAAUAACCACAAAAAGGCAUCCAUCACUAGCAGAAUGAUUGAAGUCAGAAAUGCGCAGGCUAAACCGGAGCAGGCAGACGAAACAAAACAAGUAAGAACUCAAUUGCACACUGUGGGCGAUGAGUGGGUCCUACGCAACAUUGACAGGGAUGAGAAUGCAUACACAAAACGCAGGGCUGAAGAGGAAGCAGAGGCCAAACGCAGGGCCGAGGAGGAAGCAGAGGCCAAACGCAGGGCCGAGGAAGAAGCAGAGGCCAAACGCAGGGCCGAGGAGG